AUUAUGAGCUAUCUUUUUCCCCGUUCUUCUUCUAACGCCUGAAGUCUCCGAUCAUCUCUCUCUCACACACUGCUCUCUCUCUCUCUCUGCUUCAUUUCUCUCUUAUCCCGGGAAGCUUUCUAUUACAGGAGAUGAGGCAAUUCUGGACAAACAGUAUCAACACGAACAAAGCUAUGGUGGAGAACUUGCAAAAUCACGGCGUAAUUACGUCUGAUAAAGUUGCUGAAGCUAUGGAGGCUGUGGACAGAGGCAUGUUUGUACCAGACGGUUCCUCUCCUUACGUUGACGGUCCCAUGUCUAUUGGGUAUAACGUGACCAUAUCAGCACCUCAUAUGCACGCAAUGUGCCUUGAGCUUCUCGAAAAGAAUUUGAAACCAGGGAUGCGUGUUCUUGAUGUCGGCUCGGGAACCGGAUACUUAACAGCUUGCUUUGCGGUCAUGGUUGGAUCCGAAGGGCGUGCUAUUGGUGUAGAACACAUCCCUGAGCUGGUGGCUUCUUCCAUCAAGAACAUUGAAGGUAGUGGUGCUGCUUCGACAUUGCUGAAAGAAGGAUCUCUCGCUGUUCACGUUGGUGAUGGAAGGCAAGGAUGGGCUGAGUUUGCACCGUACGAUGCUAUUCAUGUGGGAGCAGCAGCACCAGAGAUCCCAGAGGCAUUGAUUGAGCAAUUGAAACCUGGUGGGAGACUUGUGAUCCCGGUUGGGAACAUAUUCCAAGACCUGAAAGUGGUUGAUAAGAACUCAGAUGGUUCGGUUAGCAUCAAGAGCGAAACUUCGGUUCGUUAUGUUCCUUUGACUAGCCGUGAAGCUCAACUGAGAGGGGACUGAUUGAUGAUGAUGACACUCGUUGUACAUACCAAUGAAUCAAGUAAGCUAAUAAGCUUCACGAGACCUUAAAACUCAAACAUCUCUUCUUGGCUAGUAAUAACUUUUCAAAUGUCUAAAACAUGUUUAUCAAAGACAUAACAUAAUAUAAUAGCUAGUAAGCAGUUAUGUAUUGGUCUAA